AUCGGGCUGGUACUUCCUUCUGCCAGAGAGGAACACGACGAACUUCCGUCGUCGUUGUCUGCCGACGAAAGGACUUCGCGACGAAGUAAACUCACACGAAACAAAAUGAACGCCAUGGAAAGAAAGCUCGCAGACUUAAUACGUGACCACCCAAAUCUGUACGACAAGUCCCGACGGGACUACAAAGACAGUCUGAAGGGCCACUUGUCAUGGAAAGAGAUAGCAGACAGCAUGGGGAAGUCGGAGGAGGAGGUGAAACUGAAAUGGAAAAACCUUCGCGACAAGUUCUGCAAAGCGAAGAAGCGAAUGGCCAAGAGAAGUUUCCCUCCGCUCACAGAGGAGGAGAACAACCCUGUGGAGAGGCCUGUCCCCGCUCUGUACCACCAGCUCGGCUGGCUCAGUGCGUAUGUCAAACCAAGACCAGGAGCUAUGAGGGACACCGACGAGGGAGUUGGGAGUAGUGAUGACCAGGAGAAGGAGCGAGGCAAAGAGAAGAAGGAGCAGCAAUGUCCCCUUCCUGUCGUUAGUACGAGCUGCUCAAUGGUGGAGUCUUUCCAAAACAGUCACCAGGAGAUGGGUGUCUCUCUGAAACGUAAGAGAAAAACCACCACAGAAACUGAGAUAAGUUCUGCAGAGGCUCUCGCCAACCUCAGAGAUGAAGAUGAACUGUUUCUGCUCAGCCUUCUGCCCUCACUGAAGAGGCUCACCAUCAAAAAAAGAAUGGAGGUGCGGAUGAAGUUUCAGCAAGUGCUUUAUGCUGCAGAGUUUGAGGACUAAACUGCCAAUGAAAGGCAGAGAAUGUAUGAUUGGUAAAGGACUUGUGUCUUUUUCUUUCUUUUUUUGUUUACACCUCUGCAACAUUCACCUUGUAAAUAGAUUUUUAACCUGUUAGUAUUUAUUUAUUAAUCACCAGUGCUGUAAAAACAUCGAUAUGUCGUUUCUUUAAUUCAGUGUUGCUGGAGUUGUUUUUUAUAAGGAGCUUUAUGGUUUCGCUUGAAAACUGAAUAGUGUUUCAUUUGAACAUAGGUGAUGGAGCCACCCUUUUAUUAGGAUUUACAAAAUAACAAUAGAGCUGUUUGGUACGCACAUGCAUUUAAUGCUAAUGCAGGUUAAUACCACAGCACCACCAUAGCUCCUGUCUUAUAACAAUAUUAACAUUCAAGGGAUUGGGUCCAGGACUAUGCUAAAAACGUGCAAGAAUACCCUAAAGCAUCAGUGAGGAACUUGAGUUUGUUUUGACUUUGGUCCCCCUUGUGGACAAGAUGUGCAUUUGAUCUCUUGCUGCUGAUUUUGUCCUGUAUAUGUGUAAGUAUUGCUUUUUAACAAACUCCCACCCUGCUGUCAUUCAAAAGUCAAAUACAUCUCUCAUCAGGAAUCUUCUCCAUGUUUCCUCAGCCUGCUGUAAGUCGUCAUGUCUGACACUUACCCUGCAGUAUAAGGCAUCAAUAAAAACUACUUAGAAAUUAUCACUUUUGCUGCUAAUAGUCUUGCUUGCUGUUGAAGCUCAUGUAUUCGUUUUAGUCUGUUACAUAACCAGCUUAAGGAUCCUCACAGGAGCUUUGACCUUGUUAUUCUGAAAUAAAAAAUGUUAUUUUUUUAGCAAUUGGUUGACUAAUGUGUGUGUGGACAAACCGACUUUUACAGCGUAUAAUAAUAACACUUCAUCCUGA